CUUUUCUUUUUUUUUUUGCUUUUUCCUUUACGCUAUUGUAUGGACGAGAUUGUAGAACAUCGUUUCAUACAGAUCCAUCACGCGUGUCAGAAAACAAACACUGACACGCAUUGGACUUUUUUACUCGACAAAGCAACACCUUCCAUUGCAGUCUCUCAUAGUUGCGAAAAGAUCAUUGAUCGAGUUCAAACACGUCAACUUGAUUUUCUACAAACACUCACAAGCCUACAAAACUUGGUCUUGAGCUGUCAAGACUCAGCCAAAAACACAGUAUUUUUACGCACAAUCACUCGGUUAUUAUUAUUGGAUACUCGCAUUGUAUUUCAUCACCACAAGAGCGAGUCGUGUCCAGUCCAUCCAUUUGCUUUGCUGAUACGACAGAAGCCUCAGAUUUGCUUUGAUAUUCUGGAACAAGUUGAUUUCAUCCUCCAGAGAAAUGCAUGGACAGUAUUAAAAGAGUUUAUCUAUGCUGUCUUUUUGACCGAGAAUCAUGUAGAAUCAAGUGCUCUUUUAUCGCGUAUCCAACAAGCCUUGCUCUUGUCAAAACAUACUGAAUUCUCUGACGCUGUCUAUACUGAAAUGGUUCAGUUAGUGCUCUGUUAUCCUAUGCAAAAGAACAGUAACAAGUUCUUUUCUUUAAUUGAUUUCUUGAUCUGGAUGAACCAUACAUCUAAAUCAGACAAGGCGAAUUAUGCUUAUGCUCUUCUGGAUCGUGUAUUGACAGUGGCAUCUCAAGGCUAUUCUGUCAAGCCUUAUUUGAUACGUAUGGAUCGCAUUGUUUCUUUGAAUAGCCAAGUGAUUGCAAUGGAUGUGCUUUGGAUCAGUUUAUCAUUCCUUUUACUAAAGGUACAGACAAUAGAAGAGCAACAGCUCAUUAUGCAUCUAAUGAAAUCAGCCUUGAGAGAACAAGACAUGGCCAGAAAUGUGCUUUGUGUUUCUUAUUUGCCAUUGUAUCAGCUGCUGUCUGAACUCAAUGAUAAAGAGACAUCACGUGAACUGAAAGGCCUAAAAGAAGAUACACUUAGUCUAAUUACCUACCUUGAUCAAGAUAAGACACCAGCAAAGACUUCCACUUAUCAUAUUAGCUCUAUUGUUAAAGACCACAACAUAUAUGGACUCUUGGGCCAUUUAUUUGUUUAUCUGAACAAGCUUUAUCAAAAUAUGCCUCCUGUACUUGAAGCAGGAUACAAUACAGGUUCAGAAGAUACACUUGCACUAAACAUGUUAUUCAGUACACCUUUUGUGUACUCUCAAGACCAGUUAGUUCAAUGUACUGUCUAUACACGCAUGGCUGAACUCACUUGCCUUCAAGAGACAUGCUACAAAUUCCCUCUUUUUCUCUUCUUACUUCGCAUGUUGCGCGUUUCCUUUGCAAAUCCUCGUCUUGUCACUCAUAUCUUUAGAGAUGUGUUGCCCAUGUUAGCCAAUACAAAUGACCCUACUAUCACCAGUAAAAUCCUUCAAGUGGUACUCUCUGCCAUCAGUGCUGGAGGCAAUUCUUCCAUGGCCAUUCUUGCUGUCAAAUCACUGGCUCAUCUCUACCAACGCCAACCCCGUGUAUGGCAAGAACUCAAAAAGGUGUUUUCCGAAUGGGUCUUGCGCCGUAAAUCAGGUACUGUGCGUCGCAAGAUUGAUUUGACAAAGACAGGUCCUACCAAGAUGGAACUGGCUAUCUUGACUACUAUGCGGGAUGUUUGUGCGUUGCGACCUCGAGAAUGCGCUCCCGAUAUCUUACCCAUGGUGAUUUCAUUGCUCCAGUCUUGUCAAGACCUGAGCAUGGCGUCUUUGUCUCUUCUGUUGACCAUCAUCAAUCAUUGCGUGAAAAGUGGGUUAGCGGAACCUCGUUCGAUCUGGAAUGUGUCCGUAGUUUAUUUGGCCAUGUUUGCUAUGGAACAAGGAACACAGAGAUCUGAAUUGCUCGUACAACAAUUGUGUGCGUUUUAUGCUAUUGCAGGCGCUAGAAAUGACACUUCUGAACCCUAUCUUCAGUUCAAAGAGUCUUUGUUGACUGAAUACAUAUUCCCCUUGAUUGAAUCUCAAGAUCAAGAAGCAGCACAGCACGCUAUGUAUGCUCUAUCUCAUUUCCCUGCUCAAGAUAUCAGCACCAUCUUACCUGAAAAAGCGACUGACUAUAUCCAGAAGAUCAUUUCUCCCUCUGAUCAGCCUAACGCUAAGCAACAUUUAUUACUUGCCACACUUAUUUCAAACGAACUUGACCAUAUGCGCCGUGGUCUUUUCAAAGAAGAAGCAGUCAGUAUAAAGCAACAUGUCUCUAACCAAGAACAACAAGUAACCAACGAUCUUGGUCAAGUUGUUUCUGAACGAGAACUUGAAUUACAGACCAUGUUCAAGACACAAUGGGAAGAUGCCCGCGUUGCCCCAGGUCUUCGUUCAGGCUAUACCAUUGCCAUGUUAAACACCAUGGAUUUUUCUGAUAAGAACAUGAUGGAGGACAUGAGCAAGACCCAUUGGUAUCGAUUUAUGGUCACUUCUUUUACAGACAUCAGUUUGACAGAUCAUUUGUUACUACGUGUAUCUAGCCUGGAAUCAUGGGAAUCGUUUUUUAGAACAGCAUUAGAGACAGCAGGCAACAAGACAGAAGCGAUUGUCUCUGCUCUUGUCAAGGAUCUCUUGGUGCGAUUAGAGAGAAGUACUGUGCCCGGUGUUACUUGCAAUAUCUUCUUGGCUUUGACAGGUCUUGUCAACAUGAUUCGUGUCAUUAUUCCUUCUUUUGCUACUUCUUGUGCUACUGGUAUCAUUGAUAUUUUGAUGAAGAAUUACAUUUCACUUGCUGGCUCACCAUUAUCUCAUUCUGCUCAUUUGAUGAGUGAAGAAGUUCAGUUUGCAGCACGAUUUUCACUCGGCCAUUUGGCAACUUGUAUCAUUAGUAACGAGAUCUUGGUCACAAACACCUAUCACACCUUGACCCAUGCUGCUACCAAUACAAACAUCAAAUCACGCAACAUUGAUACAGCUGUCGAUUUGGUUCAGUUUGCUAAUGGCUAUGCUGCUGGUUAUUUUGUGGGCGCAUUGGCUGUCUAUCCUACAGCAACAGAACAUGUUGAAAAAUUAAGAGAAUCAGGCACCAAUGAGUUGAUCAAGUAUUGUGGAGCAAAGGUCACUUCUGAUAGCUGUGUCAUGGGUAUCUUGAUGGGUCUUGCCUCUGCUUUGAAAGCAAAGGAUGUUGCUGGCGAAAUACUAGAUUUUGCUCUGGGUAGCUUGAAAACAUACCUCAAGGGUGAUGCUAUCAGUAAAGGACGUCUGCUGGGCUCAACAUGGUUAUGCGCCGUCGGAGCAUUAGAAGAAAAUCAAGUGGAAUAUACUUUAUCGAGUGUUGUAGAAUCUACUCUAGCUGCUGCUUCUAACGAUCCUAGUUUAGCUCAACACUUUUAUCAUUUCACAAUCCCUUAUGCUCAAAUUCAAUAUCAUAGCUAUCUUCAUGCGGGUGCUGACCAUGAGAGCAGUGCAUCAUUUUACAAUCAAGCAUUAGAACCAUUGUUUAAUAGUAUUCAGUCGGAUGAUGCCUCUAGCAACUACCGUAUUGCUAGUCUCUUUGCUCUUGGUAGUCUCCUAGGUGCCCAGUACUUGAAUUCAACACGUACUUCUGAAACAGACUUUUUAGAAGCUCAACGCUAUCAUGCUACCUUUAGACGCCCUGCUUUGGACAAGUUAGCUGCUGUAGCUGGGCUCACUGUACGAUCUGCACCUACAGGUAACCUCAAGAGUGGACGUGUGGCUGCUGCUGUCUGUGGUAAAGUCAUUGAGCAUGCCAAAUGGUUAAUGUACACACUCAAGUCAGACCGAACUCAAGAGGCUGCUGCCUCUGCGCUUGCCGUCUCCUCUUCUUCUGAGCCGGCAUCUUACAGUCGACUCAAUAGCAAUACAAGUUACUUGAGAGCAGUAUUUGACCAAUUGGUUCAAUUGGCUUUAACUCCCUCUGCGCGUCAUAACAUUGACAUGCUGUUACGUAGUUUGAUUGACACGUCAGGCCCUUUGCCUCCUGUGAAUUGGUUUGCUGUGAUGCUCAAGUUGGUGAAACAAACGCCUAAAUUGUGUUUCCAGUUUGCAUCGACACACGCUGCUACGUCCUUUUCACUUUCAGAGUUUUUAAUCACACAAACACAUUUGAUACUGAAUACCGUGAAUUCAGCAACAACUAACCAUUGCCCUAUCUUGUUUGAAGAAGGGAAUGCUUUUGGUGUCAUUUUGGAAUUAAGCGGCUUGACAGCUCGUCAUCAAGCCAAAAAAGGAACCAUGCGACGUGGAAUGAACGCUGUAGUCAAGAAAGUGAGCCUUUCAGAAAGUCGAGUUUUGGAACUUGUUGAACUCAUUGGACGAAAGUUUACCUAUAUGGACCAUGAAACAAAGUCUAACGUAUUAGCAAGACUAAGUGAGCAUUUACCUUCCGAAGAUAAGUCUUUGGAGGAAAGCAAAAUCGCAUUUGUACAAUCGAUUCGCGAUUGUAUUCUUCGCUCAAUCACUUUAGUUCUAUUGAACACAAAGGGUCAUGACCAUGAAACGUUACUUUGUCAAGCAGUUGAAUGCAGUAUUACUGAUAUCAGUCAAUUAUUCCCUACAGGAAAACUACAAGACUGGAGCGACAUAGAGGCUGACCUUGUGUUUGGCAAGACGGUCUCACUUUGUGAGUUUUAUCGCAUCAAACCUGAUCAAAAGCAGGUGUUGAUCAAAUACAUCAGCACAGCUAUCACUCAUCUCAUCGGCUUUACUGGGAAGGCAUGCGGUGAGUCUGUUAGUGCAUGGCAAACCAUAGCUAGUACUAUCUGUGACGAUUGUCAGUCAGAUAAAGAAGCAUUGAGUUGGAUUAUUCGUGUACUGGAUGCAUUUGUGGUCUAUGUCAGUGGUUUCAAUUCACCAGAGCAAAUGAACGAUAUGGGCUUGUAUGACAGUAUUCGCAUUGGUUUGUAUGCCAUUCUAGUUCAACUUCGCUGCACUCCUGAAGAAACAAGUCUGGAUAAGAUUGAAAUCAUGGAUACUGCCUUCUUGUUGAACUCAUUUGUUUCUAUCGGCAAUGGCCACAAAGCUGAACAAGAACAGAUUGUGAAGCGUGUAUUCAAAUUGUUGGAUAUGAUUAGUAAACUGCAAGCUACUCUUUGUACUGAGUUCUUUGGUCGUGUUAUUCUAGGUUUCCCUGAAGAACAAGUCAGUCAGAAUGAAACGAGAUAUUAAAUAAACCAUGUCUUUUUUAUUAUUAUUA